UGCGGCACCGAGACGAUGAGGUUCUUGCUGCUCCUGCUCAUGGCGGCGGCGGCGCUGCGGGGCGAGGCCUCGGCCGACACGGGCGGCGUGCCGGGCAAGCGGCUCAAGAUGCAGUACGCCACGGGGCCGCUGCUCAAGUUCCAGAUCUGUGUUUCCUGAGGGUACAGGCGGGUGUUUGAGGAGUACAUGCGGGUUAUUAGCCAGCGGUACCCAGACAUCCGCAUAGAAGGAGAGAAUUACCUCCCUCAACCAAUAUAUAGACACAUAGCAUCUUUCCUGUCAGUCUUCAAACUAGUAUUAAUAGGCUUAAUAAUUGUUGGCAAGGAUCCUUUUGCUUUCUUUGGCAUGCAGGCUCCAAGCAUCUGGCAGUGGGGCCAAGAAAAUAAGGUCUAUGCGUGUAUGAUGGUUUUCUUCCUAAGUAAUAUGAUUGAGAACCAGUGUAUGUCAACAGGUGCAUUUGAAAUAACGCUAAAUGAUGUACCGGUAUGGUCAAAGCUGGAAUCUGGUCACCUUCCAUCCAUGCAGCAGCUUGUUCAAAUUCUUGACAACGAGAUGAAACUCAACGUGCACAUGGAUUCAAUCCCACAUCAUUGAUCGUAGCCCCAUCUUUCAGCCCUGAAAACUCUUUUGCAUUAAUGGAUUUUUGCAAGAGCAGCGUGGUUGGCGCCAAUGAAGGCCUGUACUGAAGACAGCGUGCUGUUAGUACAGACCAGAUACUUAUUUGCAGCCUCGUUGAACUUCUUGGAAAACCUCAAUGCAAGACAGUCUUUCAGUGUUGGCAUGUUUUGGAAUACUGCACAUUCAUGGAGUGCAAUAAUACUGUAUAGUUAUAUUUUUUUUAAAGGGUUAAUUCAGCCAGUUAAUUGUUUUAAAAUGCAGGCAUUACUACUUGUAACUUUAUUUCUUAGUCAUGUUUGGGGGGGGGGGAGUGGCAAAUUGAGUUAAUAUCUGAUUUUUUUUUCCUUGAAAGGUGUCUGUUACAUCUGUUGUGAUUUUAUAUGAAUUUAUGUUCUUUUUGUAGUUUAAAAUGGGUAUUUGGGAAAAUAGCUGAUAUUCCCAAGUACUUUACAAAGUCUGUCAAACAUCUCUAAUUUGGUUAUGUCCUGUUUGUAUGGUUUUCAAAAUAUUGCAAAUUGUGAACAGUGCAUUAUACUAGAUUAUGAAAAAAAAAACUAUAUCCUGAGUACAAUACCAUUUUGUGAUUACAGGAGAACUACUAAAAGACCAACCGCUUUUUAAAUCCUGUUGUCUAGCUCAAAUGUCUUGCCUUGACCAGUCUAAUGAAUUGAUUAACUGGGCCUUUAUACUUAUCCUAAAUAUAAAACUAAGCAAAUUUAAGUUAAAUAAAAAGUUUUCAUUUCCUGUGUAA